AUGCGCAGACCUCCAUAUAAAGACGGGCCUCCCCCCGCAUCCGUCAGGGAGAGGGAUGUGGACACAUCCAAUGCGACUCUGAACACGUUCUUAGGAGGGGCUCGACAGAAAUCAUGGAUGACGGCCGCAGGGGCUCCAGUGCGGCCCACGCCUCGGCCGGGCAUAUCAAAAGCCUCGGGCCCGGCGACGUCAGGAGAGAAAACUGUGACCUCGAUCCCCCCUCCUCCAGCUCCAGCGCCAACACUCUCUCACAACUCAACCAGUAGCGGGCAUACCGAGGCUCAACAGCCUAAUGGCCAGAGCGAGCGCCUUACUGUCAACACGAAUCAGCCUCUUGCUGCGGCACAAGGAGUCUCACCUUUACAAUCAUCGUCCGGUAGCCCCCAGUCACAACCUCUGCAAAGCCAACGCUCAACACCAGUUCAAUUCAGAGAUUCGCAGUCUCCAAGGAUAACAAAUGGGCCACGGCCUUAUCGAAAUACGCAGCUUCAGUCUCAAAGACCACUCUCACAAGAAGUUCAGUCUUCCAAUGUGGAGGCCCCCGGGCAAUCUCUAUCUCCUUUAGCACAAGCACCAGCAUCUGUCCCUACGUCUCAGCAACCUGUAGAGGCAGCGGCAGAAGCACGUACACAAGAACCUCAAGGCCAACGUAUAAGCCCCAUUUUGGUCAGUCCUUCAUCUCCGAGGACAGCGCGUGAAAAUAUACCAUUACCGUCCACAAUGAUCCAAAACCCGGGACAACUGCAGUCUGGUGGUGGAAACCUUCCCUUACCGUCCACUUUGAUACAACACCAGGCGCAGUCACAGUUGGAUGAUGGCGCAGCUGUCCCUUCUAAUCCCCACAAGCGUCAGAGAACAUCCACUGCAGUCAUGCCUCCACUGGAGCCUCGUGUAGCGUUGAUUAAGCGUCAUAUAGAAUCUGUUGGAGGCAUUCAAAAUUUAAACAAUGCUCUUGAAAAGCCAAGGUUUCAGUUACUUACAGAUGCCUGCUCCAAGGAAGAUAUGUUCUACGUCGUUCUACACCAGCUUUUCUGUCUCUGGGAUUGCCAUCCUUCACAAUUGCUAAACAAGCCAGGUCUUCCCAGACGCGAGAUCAUGACUUUUUCAUUCAAGGUCCUAGGGCAAUUAAUCCGGGAUAAUGAAGGUUUGGCGAGUAGUCACUUAGAAUGGUUCUCGCAAUUUCCAAGUCCAUUUGAUGAUCUCAUGAGAACAUCUGAUUCUUAUCGCCGGACUGUGGCAGAUAUUGGAAUAUUUUUGACCAAGUUGGUCUCAGAUUGGGUUCCUUUGUCAAACCAGUGCGUUACUCGAGGUUAUCCUCCUCUUGCGGAUGAGCUAGUGAACCGCCUGGGAAUUUUAUCGCCUAUAUUACAGGGAGUUGUAUUCACUGCUACUCGGCGCAAUUUGGGGCUGGUUGAUGAUAGGUUCGGCCGUCAGAUGGAGGAUAUAUUUUCAGAAGAUAGGAGAGGUCUCCAAGAGCUUUCUGCCCGAUACAAUACAGCCCGUCCACCAACAGAAAGGGAGAUUCGGGAGCGCAAUCAGGCGCUGGCUAAUAGGUACCUCACAUUGGUCAGCCAGCAACGUCGAUAUGCAGCACAAAAGCAGCUGUCAGGGCCAACGACGAGUAGCACCGUGGCUCAACCCCCCGUGGUGCCUAGCAGCCUACGAAAUCAACCCUUCGCCUCUAAUAUUGGAGCGGCGCCUUUGUCUUUAAGCAAUGCAAACUCUAUAGGUCAGGAUUUCAGAAAUCCAAAUCCGCAAAAUUUCAUUCCAACGAACAAUCAACAAUUUGGAAAUCAGCAGGCUCAGCCGGGAAGGAUGACAAUGAUGGGAUCAUCUAAUCCUUCUCAAAUCACCGUACCGUGGCGCCCACCAAGUGUAACAGGUCUGCGAGUAAACUCGGCCUCUCCAGGCUUUGCAUCUGUGCAGAACAGACCUAUGCAAUCACCGGGUGUUGAAUCGCCAGGUAUUCAAUCGCCAGGUAUUCAAUCGCCAGGUAUUCAAUCGCCAGGUAUUCAAUCGCCAGGUAUUCAAUCGCCAGGUAUUCAAUCGCCAGCACAACAGGGAUUUCAGUGGCCUUCUCCCACCUUGAGAAACAAUAUUCAUAUGCAACAGAGUCAGAAUCUCCCGGUGCUCCCAAAUAUGAAUCAAAAUGGGAUGGUUGCUUUGAACUCCCCACAGGUUGUAUAUCCGACCAACUCAAUCCACUCACAGUCCGCAAUGCAGCAGCAGCACAUUCGUAUUGUUCAACAGCAGCAACAAUUGCAGCAGCUACAGCAGCUACAGCAGCAGCAGCAGUCUGCAGGUCAAUAUCCACAAAAUCACAUAGCAAGCCCAAUAUCGGACCAACAGUGGCAAUUACGAACAUUAAUCCAACGCGCAAUGCCGCCACAGCAGCAGCAGCAGCAGCAGCAACAGCAACAACAUCAACAAUUGCACCAACAUCAACAACAUCAACAACAACUACAGCAGCAAGUCGUAACCAUGAAUCGAGCUGCACAAUUAAGAAGUAACUCGACUCCUCAAGCGCGAAUGCCAUCCCGAAAUAACAACAACCCUGCUGGUGGUCGGCAUGUCCCUGACCUAACUCCUUCGAACCCUCAAUCGCAAGUUUCCCCGCAAGUCUCCCCUUCCUACAGUCUCCCCCCAGAUAUCAUGAAACACCAGCUAUGGGUCUACACAAACACACCACCGCUUCAACGGCCACUAGUACCUCCAGUGGGAUACGUGCAACCAUCGCAACCAACAAAUCCAGACCUCACGGCUCUUCAUCAAGCACAUAUACGCAGUCCGCGUCUAGUUGCCGCCGAUCUUGAGUAUCAGAUCCCAGAACAUGACCAGUCUCGGAGGUUCUAUCAAUCUAUAAAGAAAUUUGCGCUUGAGCCGGCAAUGAUUCCGGCUACUUCGGCUGUUUCCAGAUUCCAAUUUGUCGUUAAUGAGCAAGACUUCCCUUUGAUUGCCGUAGAUAAACAGUCCAAUAUGGGCCCAGUCCCCACACGCGAGUUCAGGCGUGGUACUUUACAGUAUCUUUUACGAUGCGUACAAGCCCAGCGAGAUACAACGAAGUUCACAACUCCAGAGUGGGUCAUUAGCGAUACGGCGUGGCCAGAGACCGUCUACCUUAAGAUCAAUGGCGAGCAUUUGGAAGUUAGAAGGAAGAUUCACCAUGGAAAAGACCUCCCAGUUGAUAUCACGCGUUACAUCCUACCUCCCUCACCGGACCGCGUAGCCGCCAACCUAAUCAAGGUGUCUACCCCACGCCUGCACAAGGCCUUGAAACCAACUGUUUACUUCCUCGCGGUCGAAGUCAUCGAAAUUUUGCAGCACCCCCAAAUACUCGAUAUGUGCCAGCAACAACGGAUUCCUGCGUCUCAAACCCUAGACGGGAUAAAGAAAUCCCUUACUGGACCGUCAGACGAUGAUGAUGACUUCGCCAUGGUAAUAAGCGAUCUCUCCAUUGACCUUGCCGACCCCUUCACGGCGCGAAUCUUCGACAUUCCCGUCCGCGGCAGCUCCUGCUUACAUCGGGAAUGCUUCGACCUGGAGACCUUCCUCCUGACGCGCAACUCCAAACCCAAGCAGCCCGGUCAACCGUCUCUGGUCGACGCCUGGAAAUGCCCAUUGUGCGGCCGAGACGCGCGACCAUAUUCUCUGCUGGUUGAUGACUUCUUCGUCUCGGUCCGCGCGAAGUUGGCGGAAGAUAAUAAUCUGGAUGUGAAAGCCAUCUUGAUAUCCGCAGACGGCACAUGGAGACCGAAACCAGAAGCCGUGCCGCUCAAAAGGAAAGCAGCCAAGGAUCAAGCCGGAGAUGAUGAUUCAGGUACCGACGACGACGAAGCCACGGGAAGAGAGAAGACAACAACCGCCUCGGCACAAGCCAGUAGAGCCGGGUCUUUACAAGCUAACGGACGGAGUCGAGGGAGUAGGAGUAUGAGCGGCCCAGCAGAAGUUAUCGAAUUAGACUAA